GUCAUAUGAACAAACGCAGAUGGUACAUGUGCCCUAGAUCACACCCUACAAGAAUCUCUGUAGCCUCUUAUUUGAACCCACUUGGACCAAGUGCUGUAUCCAGAUUCUCUACCUUAACCCUAUUCUUAUUUGUUUUUUUCUUCCUCUAUUUUUCUAUAUAAACCCUCCACACCCUUCUUCAUCCAUCAUCCACUCACCUCCUCUACUCUCUACAGAGCUUACUACAACCCUAAAUUACAGUCAUUCACUAGAAGAAAAAAUUCAUUAAUUAAAAGAAGAGGUUGAGAAAAAUGUCAGGAGUUUGGGUAUUCAAAAACAAUGGAGUAUUUACGUUGGAGAAUGAAGAGGGAAAACGAGGAAGUGUUUCGUCAAAAAGAAAUAAGGUUUUGGUGCACUUGCCGAGCGGUCAGCCUAUAUCAUCCUACUCUUGUCUGGAGCAAAUCCUGAGAGGUUUAGGGUGGGAGAGGUAUUAUGGAGGAGACUCUGAUCUCCUCCAAUUCCACAGGCGCUCUUCCAUAGACCUAAUUUCUCUUCCAUGGGAUUUCUCGAGGUUCAGUUCUGUUUACAUGUACGACAUUGUCAUCAAGAACCCUCAUGUCUUCCAUGUCCGUGAUAUGUAACCUCCUUACAUAACCUAUAUAUCCGUGUCUGUUUGGAAAUUGGGUUGCUCUUAA